UACCUUUUGUUUGAUGCAGGAUUGAAACUUGUAACAUGAAGUCCGCGAAGAGACCAGUCCGUAAAAAAGUUUAGCGCUUGCUGUGCUUUCACCGAACUGUUUGGGACCGACCCCAGUAGUGAUUCGCGCUGGACAAGGAAGGGGAUACAUUUUGUUGGAUGCGCAUGUUUUUUCGCAUUGGUGAAGUGGUAACUUCGCGAAGAUGCCGAAGAUUUUCUUGAUUCGGAAUCGUAUUGAAGAGCAACAACUCAAGCUCAGGGAAGCUCAGAAGGCGAACCCGGACAAGAGCGGAUUUGAGGAUGUCGAUUCGGACGCGUCCUCGUCUCCGUCGCCGUACUCCACAGCUGGCUCAAAAGCCAUCGGCACCAUUUACCCGCAUCUUUUGGCUCUCCUGAAAAAUGAUGCGGCGUUCUUUGGCUGCUCUUCCGUGUUCAACUCUCGGCUCCGUUGA